CAUUUAUUCAUCGCCGAUAGCUCGCAAACCUAUUUCGAAUCAGCCCCGGUAACAAGACAGCGAAUCGGUUGGUAGCAUUGCACCGUCGUAAAUACCUUGCGUGGUCCAUUACCUCGAGAUACCGAAAACCCGUCAACAAAUCAGCAAAAAUGUCCGACUGGGACACAGUGACCGUAUUGAAAAAGAAGGCCCCCAAGGCGUCCGCCAUGAAGAGCGAACAGGCGGUGAACGCGGCGCGACGUCAGGGUGUCGCGGUCGACACACAACUUAAAUGGGGCGCAGGGAGUAACAAACAACACGUCGCGACUAAAAACACGGCCAAACUCGAUCGCGAAACGGAAGAACUGAAACACGAAACCAUCUCUUUGGACAUUGGUAAGCUAAUCCAACAGGGCAGACAGUCCAAGGGAUUAACUCAGAAGGAUCUCGCGACAAAAAUAAAUGAGAAACCGCAAGUCAUCACGGAUUACGAGGCCGGAAAAGGAAUACCGAACAACGUAAUCAUCGGAAAAAUCGAAAGAGUGAUUGGAUUAAAAUUAAGGGGCAAAGACCGCGGCAAACCGUUGGUCGUACCCCCCGGAAACAAGAAGUAAGGGGUUCUGGGGGGCAUUUUGUUUUACUAAUUACAUGUGGUUCACUGUAGGUUUCACUAAAUUUUUAGUCUCCUGCAUUUAAACUAUGUAUACAUGGACCUGUUUUUGUUAGGUUUACUAAAAAUGGAAUCUUACAAUAAAUCGUCUUGUAGGGAUUUUAUUGCUUUUCUUACAAUAAUGUUCAUAUUUCAAGAAAAUUGUUUUCUUUUUUGUACAUUUUUUGAGAAUGUUAUUCAUUUCAAUAAACACUUUUAUUAAC